AUGAACGGGCAUGCUGGUACAAUACACUCGGUCUCUCACGAGGAGACCCUUGGCCUUCUUGACGAGAAGUCCUUUUCCGACGUUGAUAGCGGUUCAUCAUCGCUGAAGGGUUACGGCUCCGCCCCGCACAACUAUCAUUUCCUCAAGCUGCCCAUCAUUCGCCUGUUCUAUCAAGGUCCCCCAGCAGUCUGUUUGUUUUUCGUCAUAUCAGGCUAUGCUCUUUCCUACAAACCGUUGAAGCUCAUCCGCAGCCAAAACUAUGAAGGCUUCGCUUCGACAAUGAGCUCUUUGACAUUUCGACGCAUCAUCCGCCUCUACCUGCCGCCUGCCUUCUCAACUCUCAUGGUUGUCAUCCUUCUUCGAUUGGGUGUCUAUGAGUGGACCAGGACGUUUGCCAACGAUAGGGCUUACAUGAGAAAUGUCGUGGAGCCUCACCCUGAGCGCCUCGCAACGAGCUCGGAGCAGGUGUGGCACUGGGCUUGGAGCAUGUUCAAGUUUGUUCAUGUGUUCAGCUGGAACAAAUUUGGAGGCAGCACAUCGUACGAUGUUCAUCUCUGGACGAUUCCGGUUGAAUUUCGCUGCUCAAUUUACCUCUUCAUCACGACCAUAGCCGUUGCGAGGCUGCGAACGUCCGUGCGAUUUCUCACCAUGUUGGGCAUCAUGUCUUUCACGUAUCGCAACCAGCGAUGGGAGCUCUUCCUCUUCUACAGCGGCAUGGUCCUCGCCGAGCUCGACCUGAUUCGAGGUGCCCACAGCCCCGCACCGGCUCUACCGAUCCUUGAGAAAACUUAUUCUAAGAAGAGCGCUCUUAGUGGUGUUAUUUGGGCCAUGCUGAGCAUUCUGGCCAUGGUUCUGAUGUCGCAACCAGAUGCUCGGUGCAGCGACACGCCCGGAUGGAAGUGGCUGUGCUCUAUGAUUCCUACCUGGUGGCAGGAAGAAGGAUACCGGUACUGGCAGUCUGCUGGGGCCAUUCUCUUUGUGCUCAGCGUCAGCCACUCGCCCAGGUGGCAGAGAUUCUUCAACACUGCACCAAUCCAGUAUUUUGGCAAGAUCAGUUUUGCCAUGUACUUGGUACAUGGCCCUGUUUUGCAUACCGUCGGCUACAUGAUUGAGAAGCGGGCAUAUGCUAUGACGGGCAUCGAGGGGUGGUGGUACAAUUUCGGGUUCGUCCUGAGCUCGUUCGUUUGUGUCCCCGCCGUUAUCUGGGCGGCUGACGUCUUUUGGCGCUUGAUCGAUGUUCCCACAGUCAAGUUUGCGCGGUGGUUUGAGACCAAAUGCAUCAAGCAACAGUGA